CUAUCUGAUAGCACCUCAGAACAUAGCUAUAAAAGGAACUGGACUACGCCUGAGAACACAGAUGUUACAGGGAACUGCUGGAGAACUGGAACUGCUAAAAUGACAACUGCAUUCACCGGACCAAAGUUAUACCAAGAAAAUUUUGAUUCUCAGAUUUAUUUAGAUACUUAUUAUGGAGCUGUUUCAGGAGUCUUCAUUAAAGAUGGAUAUCUAAACUUCAUUCUGAGAAAACUGCACAAAGCUUUCACAUCAGGUGGCGUAAAAGGGGACUUGAUGAUAGACAUUGGUCCUGGUCCUGCCAUUUACCAAGAAUUGUCUGCAUGUGAGGCCUUCAAGGAGAUUACGGCUGCAGAUUUUACAGAUCUGAACAGGGAAUACCUGGAGAAAUGGCGAAGAAACGAGCCUGGGUUGUUUGACUGGACGCCUGUUUUGAACUUUGUCUGUGACUUAGAAGGACGUAGUGGAAAAAUUGCAGAGAAGGAAGAAAAACUGAGGAAGACAUUGAAAAGAGUAGUGCCAUGUGAUGUCACCAAGAGCAGUCCUCUUCACCCUCUCGUCUUACCCAAAGCUGAUUGUGUCCUGACUGUAGGCUGCCUUGAAUGUGCCUGCAAAGAUGAAGAGGCCUAUGCAAAUGUUAUCAAAAAUCUCUCAGGCUUGCUGAAAAUGGGCGGUCAUCUGAUUAUUGGUAGCGUAUUAGGAGGCACUAUUUUUCGAUGUGGAAAAAUGCAUUUCUCCAUCAUCAACCUAAGUGAGCAAUUUCUUAGAAAAGUCGUAACAGAUACAGGGUUUGUCAUUGAGGACCUGGAAGUUCUCCACAGAGAAUUUGACAAGCCUAUGUUUGAUAUCUGCAAUCACACUUCUGGAAUUUUUAUUCUGGCGAAAAAAGUUAAAGAUGUGUAAAAGCAAGUCAGUUCUUCACAUAGGCAGAAUGAAAUUGCAAUAGUGCAUGCAUUGAUGCCUUAGUACCAGAAAGUGGCAGUAGCACUAUCUUUUUAAUUCUUGAAAACAAAAAUGGAAUCUCAAAGUAUCAGCUUUUUCCCAUCAAUUAAUCAGAAAACUAAUAAAACUUCUUUAUAAU